AUGUUCACUUCCCGUUUCAACGCCAUCAUUGCGCUGUUCGCCUUCCUCGCUGGUGCCAACGCGUCAUGUUCAGCAUGCGAUAAUACUUUGGAAGUCGAUGGUGUGGCGGUUUACACGCUAGCCAACAGCACCGCUGAGACCAACGGGUACACACUUUGCACUUACACUAAUUCUAAGUUGGGCACUAAGGUGACCUGCGAGUAUUCGGACGCCGGCAUAUACCAAGAUGGGGAUGAAUUGUGUCCAGGUAAAUGUAAGGUAUUUUUCGAAGACAGCUUGCUCGUUUCACGUAUUAACUUCACGUUUAGCAAACGAAAAUUGCAAGCAGUGCCUGGUCCAUACUAG